AUGGUAAAUCGGGGACCAAUGAGGCCCUAUGGUGCCGGAGGUGCAAUUGAAAUGUGCUUCCGCUUCCAACUUCCUCGCCCCAUGAUGGGUACAGCUGCGGACCGUGUUGGAAGACAGUUGGUCGGCCUAUAUGAAAGCGAACAAACCAGCAUUUUCGCUGGGCCAAGCUAUCUGGAGUUCUGUCCCCAGAGACUGUCCCAAAGCAGUUGCUUGGUCGACUGUGUGGCGAUAUAUUGCGCCAGCUGGGUUCGGGCCAACCGUGGCCAGUCAGUCAAGGAUGUUCUUGGAUCCCGCCUCUUUAAAAACGCCAUCAGGAGUCUACAAAUUGCGACUAAUAGCAACGAAGCAUACACUCCAGAAACCUUGGCUUCUAUGGUAAUCUUCGCUCGUCUAUUAAAUUUUACAGGGGAAUACGAGCACAGCCAACUAAGGGACCAUCAUUUCGGGAUCCGCCACGUCGCUCAGCAAUUGGGGUUACCAGGACAAGGUGACUUGCUACAUACAAGACUUAUUUCAGAGACCGCAAGCUCAAUGCCAAUUACUGGAGGAGUGACCGCCAAUGUGAAAGAAUCACCUUGGAAGGAGCAACGUCCAUUGGGUGACUCUCCCUUUUGGGAUAAAGACAGAGGAGAGGGAGAGGAGGAGGAGGAGGAGGAGACUGAAGUCGAUUGGGAUACAAUAGAUGAAGCUUACGCGGGAUAUAACGACGAGGACCCAGAGGACGACGACAUGGUAGAUGACGAUAUAGCGGACGACAUGGACGAAGCAUUCACCGCAGCCGAGAGCAACUUCGAAGAGGUUCAAGCUUACCUCGAGAGAAUCUGGUUGCCUGAAUUACUCGAAAUUUGGACGAAUCCUCUUGGAAGAGAAGAGAAAACUAUCUCACUUUUGAAAAUUAUAGCCAAAGCCGAAAGACUGUUUGGGAAGUCUUUAAAAGAGGCAUGGACAGGCUGUCUCUCUAUAGGCAAGUUUCAGGACCCGAAUUUCUUUCUCGGUCACAGCUAUUCCUUCUCGGAUUACCAGUUUACCGGAAUGUUUUUAAUAAUGCUCACAUACCAGUCAUUUCUUGUGCGGAUUCUUUACGAAUUCAGUCAAUUGCUCGGGGUUCGAGAUGCCGCGCUCUAUGAUAAGUACCGUGGUUUGUGCGUGCGCAUCUGGGCAUGUGCUCCCAGCUUGUCCAACUUAGACCCUAUCUCUAACGUUGGUACAUUCAAACUGAUGUUGCCAUCUUUUGAAAUUGCGACUGACGAGGAGCUUCGGCAUAUCCUGGACCUGAACAUAGAGUUAAUCGGGCAUGGAAGGACGGGCAACGUGGACAUACCAACGUUAAGGCCAAUUAUAAUCCAAGUGGGGGAGAAAUUUACCGGGAGACAAGAGUUCAAGCCUGCAUGA